AUGUCACAACCCGAGGUGAUUCUUUCCUUUUUUUUUAUCAAAUAAUAGUUAUUAGUAUCAUUUUUCUGCGGUAUUUGAUGGUUCACUCUCGUCGUAAUAUAUAAGUUACCUAUAUUUUGACGGCUAAACCUCAUCUUUUUCAAACUUAGACUUGUUCAGGAACUAAAAAAGUAUCAAAUCACACGAAUAAUCCAUCUUUUUCCAGAUAAACGACCACGGAUUCACAGCCUUCGUGAUCUGUGCUAUAAUAUCCGUGACGACGAUUUUCCUUCACAUUGGAAUUCCCUUCAUUUUCCACAAUUUUCUGUCCCUCGCCAUUGUCGGCGGCUUGGUUGCCUUGCUGGGAGGCAAAAAUAUACUCGAAAAGCUGCCGAUCUUCUUGGAAUUCCUGAAGGCCGGUUUGGAAAACCUGAGGGCACAUCCUUCGAAAAACACGGCUCCAGCCUUCGUAUUGCUAGUUUCCUCCGCAUUUAGGUCGGUUUUUCUUUUUUAUCGUCUUUUAAAAAUUACAGUUUGUCAUAAUUUAGUUAAAUUUCGUUUAAUUAUGUCCUUUUGGUUUGUUAAGAAUAUUUCCAAGUUUCUGUGACCCCAUCGGCGAGGGAAAAAGAGCCCAGACAAGUCAGAAUCUCCCUAGCCGUAGUGUUCUCUAACAUGAGCAAUGAAAUCUUAGAAAAGAUAAUUUUAAAAAAAUGGAAAUUUGCAGUGUCCUGCGCAUUCUGUGGAACUUCAGCUCCGUCGAAAGAAUGAACUAUUUUUUUGGAAUUGGACUUCUUUUUGUAUUUGUGAGCUUCGGCUGGGCCGCCGUCUUUUAUAUUCCAAUCAUGUCAAUUUUUCUCAUAUUUUUGAAAAGAUUCAUCAAAUACGAUACCGAAAAGGAAGUUAUCGAUUAUUCUCUAUCGAAAUCCAAAGAUGCCUGGAUCGCCGUAUUUUCCAGAUUCUUCAAGAAAGAGCCAACGUUAACUUCUUCUUAUGGGAGGAAAAAAAUUAAGUAAGGCUUUGAAAGUCUGAGAAAAUUACUUGUAUCACGUUUCAUCCGAGUUUUUCAAUUGUUAUCCAAUAUCACUUUAUUUCGUUUUUGAAGCUGAGAAAGGCCUUCUCGAUUUUAAAACAUUUUUUUGUUAUACAUUUUCUAAAUUUUUCUACUUCAUUGUUUUUUCUGUUAUACUUUUUCCAUCUGAAAUCUUGACUUACACACAUAUUUGCACAUAAAGUUGAUUUUCCCGCCUUCUUUUUCCCAUUCAAUUACACGUUCAAUUCGUGACGCCCACUAUUUUUGUACUAAUCAGAUUUUCUAGACCUUGAUGUCAAUUUGCAGGCUUGGAAAAUGACCGAGGAUGAUCGAGAACGAACUCGACGCCUCGAACUCGAAAAUGCCAGUCUGAAAGUGCUCGCGGCUUCGGAAAAGCUGAGGCUAGAAGAAGAAAAGCUUCGCGAAGUUUCUCGACUGAAAAAUCUUCACAGAGCGCGGGAGAUCGCUGCCAAGUCAGUUUUUCUUUUAAACAGCCUUAUCGAAAAAUCUACUCGGGCCCGUUUCUGAGCAUUUCUAGGGAUCAUUUUAGCGGCUUCAGAACUUUUAAGUGAUCCCUAGAAUGGCUCAAGAACGUCCCGAGGCCCUAGUUUGCAUCGAAAAUCAAAUGGAAUCUCCAAAAAUAAACAUUUUUCUUAACAUUUUUUAAAAUUUCUCUUUGUGCUCUUUAAACUCGUAAUUUUAGUUCUUUCAAAAAUAUUUUACUUUUAGAAAACAAAUUUUAACUAUGGAGCUCGAAACGAGGACCAAAAUCGCCAUCACUGAAAAAUUAAAGUCACUCGAAUUUACUCAAAAUUCAAUCAGCGAGGACUGCUUGGAAAUAAUAAAAGUACGUUUCCGAUUUUAAAAUGAAUUUUAAAGGAUAAUUACAGCAAAACGCGAAAAAUGACAGCAGCGACAUUAAGAAGGUAACUUUUCAUUAGAAAAUUCUGCGUAAAACUGAGAAAUUCAGGCCGAAAGAGUCUUGGAACAUCUCGAAAGCUCCAAAAAUUACAUGGAAGAAAUCGUUGAAGCCGUUUCCAGUGCUAGAAUUCCGCCCCUACCAAGUUAUCAGGCGAUUUUUUUAUUCAAUUGUUUUUGACCUAAAUUUUCUGGCUUAGGAAAAAUUGGAUGACUACCGAGAAUCAAUCGACCAGAUGAUUAAAGUCAUCGAUCAAGUUCUGGUGAAUCUUGAAAAAUUAAACAUUUUCCAUAAAUCCUCCAAAAAGGAAUUGCGAGCUUAUUUGCACAAUUUUUUGAUAACGAAGUAAAAAAAAACUUCAAAUAACCCUUAAAUUAAUUGUUUUGCAAUCUAAAGGUCACUUUUUUCAGAUGAAUGAGAAAUCCGCCUUUGACGCGUUGAUAUCCCAAAGGAAAAGCUUAGAAAAAGCUUCCAACGACUUUUCGGAAGAAGUUUAUCAAUUUCAACAUUCCCUCGCAAAUGGUUCAUCAUCGAAUAAUAAUUAUAUUGAGGUAAGCUUCAUAAAAAUGAUCUGAACUUCGGAAAAAGAAGAAAAAAAAAAUGAUGGAAUGUUCGUUUCUCAACCUAAUCGACAACGCAGGAAAAUCAAAAACUUCAUUCUAUAAAAAAAAAUACUCAAACCAUUAUUUAUUUUCCUUUUUAAAAAGUAGCUGUCUGAAAAAUUCAACUUUUUUUUCUUUUUCUGAGCUUGUUCAGUUAUGAACUUUAUUAAUCGGCAAAAUUUGUAUGAGCAAUUUUCCAAAAUUGAAUUUCCAGAGCUUCGUCAAUCGCCUGGCCCUCCCCGACGUCGUUCGAUCCGAGCAAGUUCAAAAACGAAUUUGGAGUUUUCUACUGAAUUUAUCCGUUUUUCUCCCCUUCAUUCCAAAAAUUCUACUGUUUCUCUUGUAUAAUCCAAUGUUUUGCCUCGGUUUCUGUGUUGUUUCAAUUUUGAUAUUGAAAAGUUUGCCCGAACAGAAUCGUGAAUCGAUCGAUAACAGUUUCAUUACAUUUCUGACAUCUUUCAAACAUUCCUAUCCAUUAUUGGAAUCAAUAUUCCUUCGUUGUUUUCCUAAAUUGCACAAAGAAUCCGUCAAAGUCGCUAUUUCUCUAUGCCUUACCCUUCAAUUUUUCUAUUUUUUACUACAAUUUUUGUGAAAUUUCUGAGUUUUUCAGGCCCUAACAUCGAAGAAAAGAAAAUAGACUAUAUCCAUCUCAUUUUAUCAUUUCAAAACUGUUCUUUCUUGAAGAUACGGUUGCUUUUCAUGCUCGGAAAGAGUAAAACAGGUUAAUAAAAGUUCUUUUUUCCUGUGUUUUUCUCUUUUUAUAUCAUAAGUUUUGUGCUUUAUAUUUACUUCAACCGCCUGUUUUUUUGAAAAAAACUUUCAUAUCUUUAAAAUUAAGUUCAAUCAAAGAACUAACCUCUGAGCUUUUUUUUAAAUCACCAGAACAAAAAAAUCGGUAAACGAACGCCCUGAAAAAAACAGAAACUACAAUUUUGGAAAAAAAUCAAAUUUUAAACGAGAAAGACACAUUUUUUUCGAAGGAAAAAGCUUAUUAAUUUAGUGAAAUAAAUUUAUUGAAACAUUUAGAAAAUGGGGAUUUGGAAACUGUUAGAAGAAAAAUAUUUAAAAAACAGUAUCUGAAAAAAAGUCCAAUCAAAACUUCGAUUGAGAAAAGGCGAAGCUAAAAAGACGCCAAUCUCCCCACUCUGGCGCAAUUUACGUCUAAACCCAAAAAAAGUCUGAUAAAAUCACAUAAAUCUUUUAAAAAACUUGUUGAGCUAAAAUUUUUUGAAUCUUCAUGGGUAGUCUUGUUUAUGCUGAUCUUGUUCUCUCCAUGAUUAUUUAAAAACAUGAAAAAGAGUUGAAAAUUAAUGUCAGGUGCAGAUUUUGGUCCUCAAAAUCCCGAGAAACCUUCGACUUCCAUCAUGGUCCGGUCAAGAAGCUCUCAAUUAUAUACAGAAGCCUCUUCGAGUUUGUUAUUUUUUAUAAAUUCAGAAAGGAGGGGAAAACUUUCAGGAUCGGAUUACAUCGAGGAGCAAAGUCAAGAUGGUUUCGACGAAGAAUUCGAAGAAUUUCGUUACAGACCAAUCCGAAGUUAUUCUUCAAGGAAAACUGUGAGUUUUUUCAGAUGAUAUAGCCUGUGUACCGCGACUUGGAAUUUCACGGAACGACAUUCCGCUGUGCCGCUGUACGCAUUUGCGAACCUUGGUCGCGCUUUAAAUUUUCUUUUUCUCUUUUUAAGGUGCUCUGCUUUCAUGUGCUCCCACAGCAAUCACAAUCAAUUGAAAUUGUGGCCUAGAUUCGAAAGCGCUUCGCGAACGCACGCAGCGGAACAGCGGAAUGUCGUUCGGUGAAAUUCCAAGUUGUGGCACACAGACUGUAUUUAUAAAUUGACUCAAUUUCAUUCAAAUUUCAGGUUGAAUACGGGUUCUCAACAUUCAUGCACUGUUUCCUGUUCAUUUCUAUCACUGUUUUCCUUCACCUCGCCAUUCCCUAUACAUUCGCCAACUUCCUUUCUUUAUCCAUAGCUUUUGCUUUUUGUUAUGUUUAUGGAUUGACGAAAGUCUCAUUUGAAUGUUGGCCACAAUGCAAGUCACUUGAUGAUCCGAACGAUACGUUUUUCUCGUAUACAAUAUUCCUCUGCAUUGCCAUCAGGUUGGUUCGAAAAAAAACAUAAUUCUCCCGUGCUUGUCACGAUUUUCGUGUUCCUCCCAGCUACAAAACCCUUCCCUUCGGAGCGCGCGGCCUUUCUUUGUGCAUGCGCCUUUAAUAUAAUGAAAAUUUUGAGGCUAAGUUAAAGGCGCACAAAGAGACAAAGGCAACGGGCCUCGAAGGGAAGGGUACCGUAACUGGAUAGUAAAAAAAAUCAUGCAAAGCCGGGGCAGAAUGGACUAUAACAAAAUUCUGAUGUUUCACCGGUCUCAGCAAGCACCCUGAUUCGCUCAUCGUGCCUCAAACCCAAAUAUAGUUCGUUAGAGCGCACUUUAGUUAUAGAAAGGCUAUAAUUUCCGAGUCUGUUUUUUCUCAAACUUUCCAAACAUAUCAAAAAAUCAAAGAAAGCUGAAUUUUUCAGCCUGGGCCGCAUUCUCUGGUUCCUGUACUCGAUCGGCCUCUUCGGAUUUCUCUACUCUUCGAGCUGGUCGGCUGCGACUAGCCUUCUCUACGCGGCUUUAUACACCCCCGUUGUUUUCAUUGUCUACAAGUUGUUCCAAUAUUUCCUCGAAUAUUUGCAAGAGAACACUCCCCAGGCGGUUGCUGAUGAACUGCUUCACAAAUGUCGGCUUCUCUGGACUUCUGUCGUUCUUUUGGUGCUCACCAUUUAUGGCUACUUCAAGUUGAUUUUUGUCAAUUUCUUUUCGUAA